ACAUCGCGAUAUUCGGGCCUUUGAAACCUGUUUCGAUUCAAAAAAAAAACCCCUCGGCUCAAUUCGAAAAAAACAAGCGUGGCGCAAGUUUCAAUUCCUCCGACUGAUCUUAAUCGUAGAAUCCCGACCGCCACCCUGCAAUAACAAGUACACUGCCGACGUCGCUGCAGCAGAGCUAAAAAACUAAAAAAAAAAAAACAAGUGUUGUUGGUGCACCCAUAGUCGUUGUUGUUGUUCGCCAUGCUGAAAGCUCUGCUGCUGGCGCUGGUUUGCGCCGCGAGCGCAGCUGCCGCCGCCGACCUGGCGGACAAAUUGCGCGAUGACUCGGAACUCUCUCAGAGCACUGCCAAUUCCUUGAGGCGCCUUAUGCCAGUUAGGUUCUAUAGCCUGCUGGAGGCCAAUCCCAUUGCCAAUUCGACACUUUCGCUGCGCAGCUGCACGAUCUUUGUGCCCACCAAUGAAGCCUUCCAACGCUACAAGAGCAAAACCGCCCAUGUGCUCUAUCACAUUACCACGGAGGCGUUCACCCAGAAACGACUGCCCAGUUACGUGUCAUCGGACAUGGAUGGCAAUCCACCGCUGUAUAUCACAAAGAACUCCAAUGGUGACAUCUUUGUGAACAAUGCCCGGAUCAUCCCCUCGCUCAGUGUGGAGACCAACAGCAAUGGCAAGCGGCAGAUUAUGCACAUCAUUGACGAGGUGCUGGAGCCGCUUACCGUGAAGCCCGGACAUUCAGAUGUAAGCAACAAUCCGGAUGCUCUAAACUUCCUCAAGAGCGCCGAGGAAUUUAAUGUGGACAACAUUGGUGUGCGUACCUACCGCAGCCAGGUGACACUGGGCAAAAAGGAGUCCGUUUUCGAAGCAGCCGGACAGCACACCUUUCUUGUUCCCGUGGAUGAGGGCUUCAAGCUCUCGGCUCGCAGCAGCCUGGUGGAUGCCAAGGUCAUUGAUGGCCAUGUGAUACCCAACACUGUUAUCUUCACUGCCGCCGCUCAGCACGACGAUCCCAAGACUUCUGCCGCCUUCGAGGAUCUCCUCAAGGUCACCGUCAGUUUCUUCAAGCAGAAGAACGGCAAAAUGUAUGUCAAGUCCAACACCAUUGUGGGAGAUGCCAAGCAUCGCGAGGGCGUAGUUCUGGCCGAGAUCGUAAAGGCCAACAUUCCAGUGCGCAACGGAGUCGUCCAUUUGAUUCACCGUCCGCUAAUGAUCAUCGAUACGACGGUCACCCAAUUCCUGCAGUCGUUCAAGUUCAUGAACGAAAAUGCUGAGAACGGAGCUCUGCGAAAGUUCUACGAGGUUAUCAUGGAUAAUGGAGGCGCUGUCCUGGAUGACAUCAACAAUUUGUCAGAGGUAACCAUUUUGGCGCCCAGUAAUGAAGCUUGGAACUCUUCCAAUAUCAACAAUAUUCUGCGAGAUCGCAAUAAGAUGAGGCAAAUCCUAAACAUGCACAUCAUCAAGGACCGCUUGAAUGUGGAGAAGAUCCGACAGAAGAAUGCUAAUUUGAUUGCUCAGGUGCCCACUGUAAACAACAACACCUUCCUCUACUUCAAUGUCCGCGGCGAGGGAUCGGAUGCUGUGAUCACUGUUGAGGGUGGUGGCGUCAAUGCCACCGUUAUCCAAGCGGACGUGGCCCAGACCAAUGGCUUUGUCCAUAUUAUUGAUCAUGUUUUGGGUGUCCCAUACACCACUGUGCUGGGCAAACUGGAAUCCGAUCCCAUGAUGAGCGAUACCUACAAGAUGGGCCAGUUCUCGCACUUUAACGACCAGCUGAACAAUACCCAGCGUCGCUUCACCUACUUCGUGCCCAGGGAUAAGGGCUGGCAGAAGACUGAGCUGGACUAUCCAUCGGCUCACAAGAAGCUGUUCAUGCAAGAUUUUGCCUAUCAUUCCAAGUCCAUUCUGGAGCGGCAUUUGGCCAUUUCGGAUUUCCCGUACACCAUGAAGGAUCUGGUCAAAUUCUCGCAGGAGUCUGGCAGCGUCAUCCUACCCACAUUCCGUGACUCCCUCAACAUCCGCGUGGAGGAGGAGGCUGGACAUCUACAUGAUGAGUAUGCUAGUCACGAAUGGACUGGAUAUGUGAUCAUCUGGAACUACAAGAAGAUCAACGUGUACCGGCCGGAUGUGGAGUGCACCAACGGUAUCAUUCAUGUCAUCGACUACCCGCUCCUGGAGGAGAAGGAUGUGGUCGUGGCCGGAGGUAGCUAUUUGCCAGAAUCAAGCAUUUGCAUCAUCCUGGGCAACCUCAUAAUGAUAACAGUAGCCAAGUUCUUGAACUAAACGCAUCCGAUAUGUAAAAACCAAUCCAAUCCAAAGCAAAUGCAAAUCAAACAACAGCCACAACAACAGUCGUCAACCGAACAAGAAACCAACAACACUCACACUCAGUAUCAGAAUCAGAAUUCAGAAUCAGACUAAUGUGACAUCCCACAUGGAUGUAGAUAAUCAGCACUAGUUUGUUGAUAUUGAAGCAACCGAAACUGUAUCUGUAAUAUAUAUGCGUCACAAGGAACGAUCAUCAUUCCAUGUCCACCAACCCACACACAACACACACACACUCAACCAUCAUAGAAAACGCAUGCAGAAAACAGAAAACUGCCUGCUGAAUUUGCUUUUUCGCCAGAAACAAAAAAAAAAAAUGAAUCAGAAAAGAAGCCGAGAGGAAUGAAUAGAACGGCGACGAUGAUACCCUUACUUUUAAGUAUUAAACUCGAAACCCCUUCUAAGGCCUUAUGUAUUAUAUGAAAUAUACAACUCUUUGUAAAACAUUUUACGUUUAUGUUCGACCUAUGACUACACCAUAUACUGGUAGCUUACGUUCAUCAGCUCGCUAAUUUUUAAGUUUAGACCCACGUCGAUCUGUCUGCCUAUGUAUUGACGCUGAUAUCGUACCAUGAAGUAUCCGAUUGUGUUUAUGAUUUAAGUGUAUAUUUUUUGUGAAUUGCUUGUUUUAGUUAAUGGUCUAAUUUAUGAUUUACGAAACGAGUUAUCUUAAGUAGAAUGCGAAUCUCAUUUGUACAUGUCGACGCGAAAGCAUCACACUCCCAUGCUCUCAUUACACUAAACCUCAGAACAUAAGUCUAUGCAUACAUACAUACAUGAACAUGUAACGAACCGAAGUCAUUGUAAGAUUCGAAGGUGUGAAAUUUUAUAAAUAAACUGAAAGUUUUUCAUUUGAACCUAA